GGGGAACAGUAGUCAACUUAUUUAGAUUUUGUUAAUCAUAUCAGAAGUACAGAAGUAUCAAUAAAAAGAUUUGGAAAAAAUCAUGAGUAUGUGAACAAGAAUAAGGAAGUGAUAUUCAUCUUUUGCCUCUAUCACCUCUUCAAAUCUCAUCUCUAGAAAACAAAGCCAAAUGUCACCGAGUGUGUUGCCACUAACACUAACCAUUCUUUUCACCCUCACUUCACUAACCACCUCCCUCUACCUUUCUCCAUCACCCCCAGCCGCACCGUUCUCCGAAUCCACCCCGCCGGAACAACCACCCUCCGCCGCCGAAUGGCUCCCCGCCACCGCCACACACUACACCGCCACAACUUCUGACUCAGUGGACGGCGCGUGCGGCUAUGGAAACGGUUACGGCACGGCCACCGCCGCACUCAGCCAGGCUCUCUUCUGUCGCGGCCAGAUCUGCGGCGCGUGCUUCGAGCUCCGGUGCGUUGAGGAGGAGUCAGCGACAGCGUUCGACCGGCGGUGGUGCGUCUCCAGCAGCACCUCCGUGGUGGUCACUGCUACCGACUUCUGCGCCCCGAACUACGGCUUCGACGCCGAGAGCCGCGGCGGAAGGUGUAACCCUCCAAAGCAGCACUUCGUGCUCCCUGUGGAAGCGUUUGAGAAGAUUGCGAUCUGGAAGGAUGGUAACAUGCCUGUGGAGUUUCGGAGGAAGCAGAAGCAAGACCCAUGUGCUAAAAAUAAUGGCCUCCUAUCUUGCAAGAUGUUUCAAGAAUUUAGACUCAACUUACUGUGGCACUCGGCAUCUCUAGAUGGAUUAUUAAUCAAGUUCACACUUAUAAAUGGGUGCACAUGGCCGGGUCAACCCAAUGAAACCAUCCAACCCAAUCCAACCAAAUGGUAAAAAUGCGGGUUGGAUUGGGCAAAUAGGUUUAUCGAAUGAAUUUUAUUAUGAUCCAAUCAUCUUUGGAUCGGAUAUCAGAUUCCAUAAUAAUCCAUCCAACCCAACCCGAAAACAAAUCAUAUAAUAAUAAGAUAUAAUUUAAUAUAUAUUUUUAAUCAUUUUAAUUUUUAUCUAACCUACUAGUAGGGUAUGUAAUUUAUGGGGACUUGGAGCCGUACUACUAGAGUGAUUUUUAGGAUACUAAUUUGUUUUUAAUUACUUAACAUAUUUAAAUACUUGAAGUACUUGUUUAGUUAUGUGUUGUUGUAUAGAUGUGUGUAUACGGUGGUUAUAUGAACUUAUGAUGUAAUUGCAUGUUAGAGACUUAUAUUACUUGUUUUUUAAUAUUUUUCAAUAUUCCAGAUUUAUUUUUAUUUUAAUAUAGCGAUCCAAUCAAUUCAUCCAAACCAACUUGAAGAUUGUCGGAUCGAGUAGAAAAUGUAAUUUUAAUUAAAGUAAAUGUAUAAAUUACUCAUGAGGGCGAUUUAACCAUAUCUUAGGUGGACUAAUGAAAUUUAAAAUAAAUGAUUUAGGGUUUAGGGUGUGUUAGUGUGAUGUUGGGUCGGUCGGUGCCAGGAUGGUCUAGUAGAUGUUAGGUCAACUUCAGGGUGGGUUUAGGAUUUUGGAUCGAUUUUAGAGUUUAGAGUUGUUUUUAGGGUUUUAGGCGUGUCGACAUUAGGUUGGGCGAGUUGGUGCCAGAUCGGUUUGGUUACCAUCUAGCCGGCUUCAAGUCAGGUUUAGGGUUAUGGCCCAAACUUUAGGCUUUAGGGCAGAUGUUAAGGUUCAUGGUCGAUUUUAGGGUUUCGUGCCAAUUUUAAGGUUUAGCGUCGAUUUUAAGGCUUAUGGUCGAUUCUAUGUUUUAGGGUCAACAUGUAAGGGUUUCAAAACUAGGGUUUAUGACUGAUUUUAGGAUUUAUGUAUGCUCGAGCAGUCCUGGACGAACUGGCCCAACAGGUUCAUGUCCAACUUAGGGUUUGGGGAACUAGAAGCUAAAGCUAGGGUGAGGUAUUCAUAGACUCUCUCGUAAGCCCAACUCAUUACUUUUUUUUUUUGGUCAAUACCCAACUCAUUCUUAAGCAAAGUUAUUUUGGCUAUUCAACAUUCAUAAACUUUUUUGACCAAUAAAAAAAAACAUUCAUAAACUUUUCAACCUUGUAUGGGACGGGCCUUCCCUCUUUUUGGCAGAAUUUUAUGAAUCACAUUUGACCUUUGACCAAAAAGAAAUAUUCAUAAACUUCUUCAAAAAUAUCCUGUAAAAAAAAAUUAAAUUAAAAAAAUUGAACUGAAUUUUAAGUUUAGUUUUAAAAAUUGUUUCAAUCGAAUAUGAAUAUA